AUGGCUCAGCCAUUUUCCACGUCCGUCUUCAUUCCGGACCUCCCAGCCUUUCACUACUGUAGAGGAGGCUAUGAAGGAAAGAUUGUCAGGUUUCGCUGCAAGUGCGAGCAUCUUCAAUCGCGUGAGAGGCUCCGUUUAUGGCACGAUGUUAUUCGGAUCUCAAAUCAAAAGCUCCGCGUCCGCGUCGCCGCCAGAAUCAUCUGGGCCUAA